AUGUCAGCAGCUCUCCAGAAUUCUGAAAGCAACGGGCUGGUACCACUGCCGCUACAGGGUACAAAUGAUGAAGACAGCAAUAGGAACGGUAAAAGUGCCAUAGAUUCAAGUGAAUUCAGUGGAGUUCUGCAGUCGAAUCUUCAAAAUUGCCGAGACACAUUGUUGGAUAAAUUUGAAAAUCUGGCAAAUCAACUUUCUGCUGGCUGGAAGUACCAUAUCACAAAUACAGAAGGUAUCCGUGAAGCCUGGUUGAGCUUCGAGGAUUUCUACACCGAGAUAUGCUCACUUGGUAACAGUAUCAAUCGCACUCGAGGUCAUUCGGUGAAUUCACUUUUUUCCGGCUCACAGUAUAAUCAACUGGAUGAGAAUUCUCGGACACCGGAACGUUGCCAGGAAUUGCUGAUGGAAAAAGUUGGCGCAAUUGCUGGGAAGCUGUUGCCGAAUUGGCUGUUUGCGAUCGCAAAUACAGAGGAGCUUGCAGAGACCUGGAAUGAUUUCGAGCGCUAUUUUCAGCAGAUAUGCGUUCUGGAUCGCGGUAAGUAA